AUGUUGAAGAUCACAGCCGAUUGCGUAUUAGAAGGACAAGGAGCCCAAUUCCACUACGUCAGCCUGGAGCGCAGCAAGCGACCCGUCAUCCGGGAGAUCAUAACCCCAACCGCGUAUCACCUCUUUGAUCCAGGCCUGGGACAGGGCGAGGAAGAUGCCAGAUUGGAGUCUCUCACUGAAGUGCAGCUGGUUGCACUGAGCUUCUUCAGCCCCACUGAGCAGCAAUUGACGGACUUCGCCAGUGCCAUACGACUGUCGCAGGCAAGCGAGGUGGAGCGCUAUUUACAGCUUCCGCUAGACCCAGAUCAUCGGACAAGGCCAACUGAACAGACACCCCUCUCAUUGGCAGCCGGCUUGUGGGGAAAUCUGGAGGUCGCUUCGCUUUUGCUGGAGGCCCGGGCCAAUGUGAAUAUUCCUGACGGAGACGGUGCCACGGCGCUUAUAUGGGCAUGUGAAGAUGGCUUAUUGGACACGGCACGUUUGCUGUUGGAAGCUCGGGCAGACGUGAGAGCAGCAGAUGUUGAUGGCUGCCAUGCCCUGGGACAAGCAGCGAGCCAAGGCCACCUGGAGGUCGUGAGGCUCUUGCUGAUCGCCCGAGCGGAGAUCAAUUUUCUGCCGGAAGUAGAAGAUGCACAUCCGGGGGCAGCCUUGCAUCAUGCCUGUUCUGAGGGUCACUUUGAGAUCGCACAGUUCCUUUUGCAAGCCCGGGCAGCAGCAAGCGUGCCUGAUGCUGUUGGUCUGACACCACUUCACGAUGCAGUCGAAAUUGGGAAUGAGGAGAUAGUAAGCUUGUUGCUUUGGGCUGGUGCGAGCGUGGAUGCCGCCGACAGCCUCGGUGACACUCCAUUGAUUUGGGCUUCGGCCAAUGGCUUCUCCAGGACGGUACAUCUCCUGUUGGAGGCGAGGGCCCAAAGGAACCUUGCCAACUACGAGGGUGCUACGGCCCUUCACGUCGCAACUGCCGCGGGCUACCAGGAGGUCGUCAGCUUGCUGCUGCACGGUGACAAGAACUCGGUUCCUGACAUAUAUGGCACAACGGCUCUGCAUUGGGCUGCUCACUAUGGCCACGAAGAAGUUGCCCAGUUGCUGCUGCGUGCAGGUAUGGACCUCCAUUCUGUUGAUAACGCGGGCCGGACGGCGUUUCUAGAGGCAGCUUGCUCCGGCUACUCCCGGAGCGUUCGAUUGCUUCUUGAGGCAAAGUCCGACCAAGACGCCGCGGACAAUUUGGGCAGGACAGCUCUCCAUUGGGCAUCCAUAGUUGGCGAUCAGGAGACUCUCUGCAUGCUGUUACGAAAGCGGGCCAACGUCAAUGUGGUUGAUAAGCAAAGCACGACGGCUCUCCACCUUGCAUGUUGCAAGGGCCACAUUCAAGUUGCCCAGUAUCUGCUGCUCGCAAGGGCAGACAAAGACCUGGCUGACAACGCUGGCUAUUUCAACACGACGCGGUUGCUCUUAGCCUCUGGGGCUCGGCGCGAUUUAGCCGACAAGGACGGCGGCACGGCUCUGCAAUGGGCCGCCUAUCGCGGCCAUGAAAGCAUCGCUUAUCUGCUCUUAGAGGCACUGGCCAACCCUUCUCAGCCAGAUGGUCGGGGCAGACAGGCUCUCCAUUAUGCGGCUUACCGAAGGCAUCGGAGGAUCGCGAUCCAGCUACUUCGGGCGGGUGCUGGCAAGGACCUCUCUGACGGUGGCGCCGUUGAAGUUGCGGAAAUGCUCCUGGAGGCUGGCGGCCACCUUGACUUGGCCAGAAACCUGGGGAUCGCUGGUGAACCCGUUUGA